UCUCCCAUAUUCUCAGCUAUUAUCUCUUUCUAGACACUUUUUCUUUAUUAUAAACAUGUGUCUCUAACUACCAGCUGAUCCUGCAGAGUGUGUGUGUGUGUGUGAGGAUGUUAGACGCUCAGCAGCUGGAGAAGAUGUCCAUCGAGGUGUGUGUGAUCCCGGAGAACCAGCAGUGUGGAGAGGUAGCGGACAUCCAGAGAGCUGAACGGGCUCCUGGAGGCUCUUUGCUCGGAUGUCUUGAUGUCCAGGGGUCGCUGCUGGUCUGGGACCCGGCAGACAGAGACGCUCCUCCGGCUACAGUAGAGGGAUCAUACCGGGACUUCUGCUGGGAGGAGGUGAGCGUGCACAGUGGAGGCGUCAGCAGCAUCGGACUCCUGGCUGUCGGAUCUCAGUGUGACCUGAAGCUGCUGGAGGUGGAAACAGAACCACCGGCCUCCAUUACUCCGCUCUGCGUCUAUGAAUGUCCUGCAGACCGGCUGCUGCAGGCUGUCAGAGAGAAGGACCAAAGCGUGUGUGAGCUGCGGUCGGUGAGCGUGUUGUCGUUCUCGGCCGGUCGGUGCUGCGUGCUGCUGAACGGAGGCUGGCUGCUGCAGGUUCAGUGGCAGCAGACGGAGGAAGAGCUGCAGACGUUUACCUGCUGCAACAUCCAGCUGAUAAACAGAGACACACACAGAGCGGUGCAUCACUGUGUGUGCAGAGAAACACUGUUCACCCUCAGCUCCACUGGACUCAUCUCUGUGUAUAACAUCACUGAUGGAAGUCUUCUUGCCACCGUCGAUCUUCCUGCCUACCUGAGCUCUGACCUGAUAGAGGAGGAGUUUGUCUCCUCUUCACCUUCCUUCUCCUCCUCUUCCUCCUUCUGUUUCCUCCAGGUGUCAGCUGAUCUCAGUACAGCUGUAGCUGUCACUCAGUCUCACGACGCCAUCGCCGUCGACCUCAACCACUACUUCAGGAUUUAUCCAGACCACCUGCUGUGCGCUGCGCCUCCUGCUCGGCUUCCCCUCCGACCCCAGAACCCGAGAGAUGAGGACAGCCUGCUGAGCUCCAACUGCUGCCUCGCCGCCCUCGGAUCAACCUUCAGCACUGAUCGCUCCUGGGAAGCUCGUCUGGCUUCUAUGACCAGCCGAGUCCAGCAGCCUGUAUCUUCCUCCUCCUCCUCUUCCUCCUCUUCCUCCUGGUCUUCCUCGCUCCCCCACCUGGAGUCCCGCCAGGCUCCGUCUUCGACCCCCAGCAGAGUCCCUCAUGGCGGUGUCACCGUCGCUCUCUCCGUCCCCGCAUCGUCCUCUCCGUCUCAGCUCACUGUCUCCGAGUUCUCCGCCCUGCUGACAUUCGUGUCGCCCGGCAACAGACAGACCACAGUGGCAUUAUGGGAGCUGGAGUCCGGGAGUGUGAGCUACCACCAGGCGGAGGGCGAGGCGGCUCCGGUUCAGAGCUGCGGAGAGCUACAUCACACACUGCUGCUGAAGAAGUCGGGUGUGUUCCAGGUGUUGUUCUCCGUGUCUCAGCAGGAUUUACUCAGCAGGUUGAUGUUGUUCGGCAGCGCAGCGACAGUAGACGCAGUGUGUCACCUGAACAGCUGGGGGCGCUGCUCCAUCCCCAUCCACGCUCUGCAGGCUGGUCUGAAGAACCGUCAGCUGGACACGGUGGAUUUUUACCUGAAGAGUAAAGAAAAUGUUCUCUACCCUUCAACAGCGUUCGGCCCAGCUGAUGAGCCAGUAGCCUCCACACUCAGCCUGACGGACAGUGUGCAGGAGUUGUGUCCUGCGUUGGAUCUGCUGUGUUCAGCCGUCAGAGACUCAAACAGUGAAGCUCAGAGCCGACAGUUCUCUGAACAGCUGCUCAACAUCACCAUGAGCUUCGUUAACACGCAGAUCCGCUGUGUGCUGACAAACACACACCAUGAAGACGCGGGCGUGCAGAGCUGUGUGGACAUUCUGGAUCGGUACGUUACUGAACUGAGGAGCUACAUGAAGAGAUUCCCCUGGCCUGCAGGGGGCGACACCUCCAGCACCGAGACUGCUGCUCCUGCUGAGAAGGAGGCGCAGGAGGACGAGUGGGAGCUGCUGUCCACAGAGGAAGUGGUCUGUCAGUCCAUCCUGACCAAUCAGAUUCCCAGAGCUCAGGCCGUCCUGAGGAGGCGGAGCCGGCCGGAGCAGCGUCUCUCCUCUCUGAGGACGGAGGGUCUACGUCAGGUCUUCUCCUGCCUGCAGCAGCGAGACCUGCAGACCGCCAACAUGCUGCUCACCAACAUGGGUUUCAGUGUGAAGAAGCAGCUCCACAGUAUCUGCCUCUACACCGACGACAAGGAGCUCAGGGAGUUUGUGGUUGAGGAGCUGCUGAGGAGGAGCUACUUCCUUGAGGAGGAGAUGCAGAGUGUGGAGUUCAUCAGACAGAUGGAGAAGCUGGGCUCACUGCCGGCUUCCCGCUGCCCAGCGAACACCACGACACAAAGGGUCGCUCACAUGGUCCGUAUGGAGGCGGGAGGUGAGGGGGUUCUGAAGGAGCUGGUGGGACAGAGGAGGUCUGAAGAGGAGGAGGAGCUCUGGAGGAAUCUCAGACUGGACUGGGUUAGGAACUGGAACCAGAGCAGCCAGACGGCCGUCCUCCUGUCCAGACUGCAGCACACAGAGUUGACUUCCUGUGACUUGGCGGUGUUGUGGCGUUACCUGACCGCCCUCCACGACCAGCACAGAGUGAUCGACUGGAUCCAGAACAGCGAGGCCUCUGGCGCCACCCGGUGGCCAGAGUUAACCCCAGAACUGGUCAAUAACAACACCGUCUGCAGCAGCUACAUGAAGGAGAACAUCCUUGACCUGCUGGCCAGGAGAGGUGUGUUCAUCCCGGAGGAGCUGGCAGACCUGGAGCAGCUGUUAUGGAGGCUGGCUCAGGGCGGAGGAGUCAUGGCUUCCACUCCGCCCGUCCCUCAGUACCGCUCCCCGCUCGGACUGGACCUGCACAGCCUCUUCAUCUCCUUCUGUCUGGAGCGCAGCCUGCAGUACCUGCUCUACGCCUACCUGGAGCACUACAGGUUAACACCCAGAAACUGCCCCCUGCUGGCCAAUCAGAGCCUGUCUGAGAGUCAGCCCUGGUUUGAGAUGCUGGUGAAGAUCCAGGAGAUCACCAGAGAUCUGUCAGAUCCAGGACUCGUCUUCCAGGCCAGUCUGACCAGCGCUCAGGUGCUGUUGCCAGGCAGCCAGGCGUCUCUGAGCAGUCUGCUGUUAGAGGGACACAGUCUGCUGGCUCUGGCUGCCAUCAUGUUCUCCCCCGGAGGAAUCGACCAGGUGGUGCUUCAGGGUGAGAAGUCGGGCAGGUCGGAGAAGACAGUCGACCCUCAGCUCCUGAAGAUGGCGCUGGCCACGCACCCCAAACUGAAGGCUGCGCUGUUCCCUGCCGGACCUCGAGGAAACAACCAACCCUCUGACAUCUCUGUCUAUCACCUGCUGCAGUCGCUCCAUCCUCUGGACCCAUCCAGGUUAUUUGGCUGGCAGGCAGCAAACACGCUGAACUCCACUGAAACGACAGAGCUGCCCCAUUUCUCCAGCCCUCACCUGGUCAACAAGUUCGCUCUGGUGGAGAACCUGGACUACCUGUACUACCUCCGUCAUGGCCGACCGUCCUUCGCCUACGCAACCUUCCUGGUCCAACAGCUGAGCGGCUGCAGCGACGUCAGGCUGCUGCUGCAGCAGGCCUUGCAGCAGGUGUACAGGUUGGCCCUGCAGUGUUUUAACGUGGCGUCCGUGGCGUCGGCGGCCGUCUGCUUCUGUGAGCUGCUGGGAGUCUGCAGCCUCAAGCUGAGAGUCGACAUCAGAGCCAUGAACGUCGUCCUGCAGCACUGGAACCAACAGAACACACACAUCACUCCAGCACAGCAUCUACACACACUGGUGUCUAAAGGUGUAAAGUUGGUGGAGGCGGAGCUUGGAGCAUCGGAGGAGCUGAUUGGCUACCUGGAAGCUGCAGUGACAGACAGUCUGGAGCAGAAAGGCGUCGGGAGGUCGUCCUACGAGGCGUCUCAGGACUGGGCGUUACCCGUACAGUUCUGUCAGCUCCACUGUCUGAACCUCAGCUCUGUUUAUCCGGCUCACUGCGCUGCUGACGGCCAGUUCAUCUACUUCCUGUUGUUCGUCCAACUGCACAACUUCCCACCGCAGCAGGUGAGGUCAUUGGCUGCUCAGUUUGGCCCCGCCCUCCAGGCCCACCUGAGUCUGGCCUUUCAGGAGCUGCAGGUGUACAAUCAGAGGAAGAGCGAUGAUGCUGAGGAGCAGACCGGGUCUCUGAACACAGAGGAGCCCCUGUGUUGCCCGGAGCAACCCAAGGAGCUUUUCCAGGUGCUCCUGCAGAGUCAGGAGGAGGCGGCGGCCAGCUCGUACCUGCUGCAGGAAGCUCUGGUGCAAUGCUGCCCGACGCUGGCUGUACUGGCUGCCUGUCAACAGGUGCCGGAGCUGCUGCCGUGCCUGUGCGUGUGGGUGCUCACCUCCGUCGAUGACGUCACAGCAAAGGAAGCCACCUCCCACCUGGCCGAAGCCCCCCAGUACCAUGAGUGGACCCUGCAUGACCUGUCAAUCAUCUGGCGGACUCUGCUGGAGCGGGGCCACGUUAGGCCCCUCCUACGAGGCUUCGAGCUCUUCCAGAGGGACUGCCCUCUAGUGUUGGUGUUGAGGAUGUUCGAGCUGUGUUGUGACUACAGGAACUUCUCCGAGGCCAAAGCCAAGCUGCUGGACUUCCAGAGGAUGCUCAUCACUGUAAGUCCCGCCCACCUCGGCCGCUUCUUAAAUAGGAUAUUUAGUGGGAUUGGCACAUCAUGUGACUCUGAGAAACAGUGCCCAGCGCCCCCCGGUGGUCUCCCCCUGCAGUGGGUGGAGAGCCAAGCCUCCGUGCUGCUCCUCACGAUGCUGCAGCGAUGCUCCUCCCAGUACGACCUCCACCGGCUGCUGCAGCUCCUGGCCGACGUCGACAAGCUCCUCAAAUCCAACGGGCCAGAUUUCAGAAAGCUGAGUCAGCUCAGUCAGGUGCUGCAGGGGUCAGAGGUCAGCAUUUCUCCCAGGCUGCUGCAGUGCACUUCCCCCUCCGUCCAGCAGGAGGAGUUCCAGGCCGCGGUGGACGCUCUGCAGGAGGGGCGCUACAGCCAGGCCAGGCAGGUCGCACAGCUGGCCGGCCUCCCCAUCCACCGCCUGCUGCUCACUUCACCAGAAGUGAACUCCCAGAGGACCAAGCGGCAGUGGGGAAGGUUGGAGACACGCGUCAGUUUCUGGAGGAAGUGUCACGAGCAGCUGAAGGCGGACAGCACCGACCCAGAAUCGGCCUCUCAGUUCUUCCUGUCCCAGGCUGAAUCCGACUCGACUCAGGCUGAGACGGAGCUGCAGGACGUCAGGGAGCGCUGCCUGCUGCUGGGCCUCGCCGCUCACUGGCUCUCCCUGCACAGCCCGGCUCCCCUGGACCAAGUGGAGAGCCUGGAGAAGAAGGUGUGGAUGAGCCGGGUCCGACAGCACAUCCUCACGGUCGCCAUGGAGAAGGAGAGCGUUUUUAACACUGCCCUCCGGCCGUCACGCCCCGAAAUGAACACGUACGAAGUGUUCAUGAAGGAGUUCUCCUUCUCGAACAUAUCGGACCUGAACACUGAGACGUGGGCUCUGUGGAGGGGGCUCACGGGUCCCACGGAGGAGCAGCAGGAGCAGAACAUCCCCUCAGCACUGAGUCCAGAGGAGAGGAGGGUUCUGGCUAAGCUGAUUGCGUCUGUUAUUAGAUAUGGGAGUAUCCAUGAAGCCAGCCGGGUGUGUCGUUACUUCUCCCUGUAUCACCCGGACAUGUGGGUGGUGCUGCGCUGCCGAGGUCUGGCAUCCGGAGAACUGAACCCAGAACCACAAGAGGAGGCGUCAGAAGCUCCAGAAAGGAAGCUCCUCACCACCUCUCACUCGUUCAGCAGCCUGUCGUCGUUCGUGAUGCUUCCUCUUGAAGACGACGUCGCCAUCCAGCUCCAGAAACUGGUGGAUCAGUGUCGCCACGGCAACAACUACUGCAAACAAGUCCUCAGUCUCUACAGCUCUCCAAGGUGUUCCUUCAGUCAGAUCUGUAAGGAGGAACCUCGCUCUGUGUUGGAGAAGCUGCUGCUGUCUGACCAAUCGGAGCGCUUCAGGAAGGCUCAGGCUUUCAUCAAAGCUCAGAGCUUCUCUGCAGACACUGUGGCUGAGCUGGUCUCCUCUGCUGUGGUCCAGGCGCUGCUGGCCUCCACCCAGGACCUGCAGCCAGAGAGGCAGGUGUUCAGGCCGUCGGAGGGUCGGGAUUCGCUGAUGCAGCUGAUCAAACUGUGUGAUGAUCCGAACCUGGUGGGAGUCAAACUGCUGGAGAACCUCAACAGGGUCCCGCUGAGAGACCUGAACUGCAUUGUGGAGUUGCUGAUCGUGGCUCACGACUGUUUCAGUCUCACCUGUAACAUGGAAGGCAUCGUCAGGGUGCUGCAAGCCGCCCGUCACCUCAGCCACACCUACCUGGCUCCAGGAGAGCACUUCAGCCUGCUGGUGCGUCUGCUGACGGGGAUCAGCAGGUAUAAUGAGAUGACGUACAUCUUCGACCUGCUGCAUCAGAACCAUCGAUUUGAGAUGCUGCUGAGGAAGAAGCUGGACACGGACAGGUCCCAGAGCUCCAGUCUGAAGACGGCUCUGCUGGACUACAUUAAGCGCUGCCUCCCUGCAGACAGCGAGAAGCACAACAUGGUGGCGCUGUGUUGCAUGAGGAGAGAGAUCGGAGAAAACCACGAGAUC